AUGAGAAUGCACAGCCUAAACGAUGCUUUCGAGCAAUUACGAGAGGUUAUACCUCAUGUUAAAAUGGAAAGAAAAUUAUCGAAAAUAGAAACUUUAACACUUGCUAAAAAUUAUAUCAUGGCGUUAACAAAUGUUAUAUGCGAAAUGAGAGGAGAAGAAAAACCAUACACUUUUUUGGACGUUGAAUGUUCGAGUAACGAAAGUGGAAUGAGCGAGCAAAAUGUAGAAAACGUAGAAUCAAACAACAAUUCGUUAUAUCAAGAAAAUUUAGAAAAAAAAACAGGUACGGAAAUGACAUAG